AUGGCAGCCGCGGAGACGCAUUUGGUGACCCCUGGCGGCGCCCUCGGCGACGACGCGGCCCCGCCGGACGUGCGUCUAGUACCGGGCGACGCGGAAGAAGAGGAAUAUGAAGAACCGGACCCGCCCCUGCGGCCGAGCGCCUGCACCGGCAUCGGCCGCCUCGCCGCGUCUCCAUUACUAGGCGUGGCGCGCAUCGCGGCGGCGCCCUUCCGCAUUCUAGGGCGGCGACGGGAGUCGCUCGAGAACGAGGCCGCCCAAUUGAGGGAGAGGCGCAAAGAAUUGGCCGCGGCGCGCGACGCCGAGGUCGCGCGCGCGACCGCAGCUUUAUUGGAAGAAAAGGCUUCUUCGGAAUUGGGCGCCGCCGAGCGCUUGAAGGCUGUUGAGAGAGGCUACGAGAAGGCCCUCGAAGCGGCAUCUCGAGAACACGAGGCCCAACUCGCGGCCGAAAGGACGCAACUCCAAGCCGACGCGGCACGAGCCGUCGAGGAGGCGCUGCGCGAGCGUAACGACGAACUGGUGGACGCCGUCGGCCGGCUGAAGCGGAAGGAUACGGAGCACCACGCGCAGCUCGUCGAGCUGAAGGCGGCGCACUCGCGCGAAUUGUUGAGACGCGGGAAGGAGAUUGAUGAAGCUGCUGUUACUCUAAGGAAGGCCGUCCAGAAGGCGCGCCUCGAUAAGGAUAGGGAGUACGCGUCUUUGGCGGAGCAGGAGCGGCUAAGGGCGAAGGAGACCGUGAGAAUAGCGGAGCAAGGUCUGGAGCGGAAGCUCGAAUCUAGGAAGAAGGAAUUGGAUAAUGCGAUAGCGACCGCGUCGACGACGGCCGAGGCGGCCUGGGCGAAGCGACUGCGAGAUGCGGAGGCCGAGCACGAGCAGGAGCUGCAUUCGCUGCGCCAGAAGAACGCGUUGCAACGCGGCGGUGAUGAAAAACGGGCCGCGCGCGACGCGCGGGCGCAAGUGCGGAGCGAGGUCGAGGCCGAGCUGAGGCAAGCGAAAGACGACGCGGCCGCGGCGCUGCGGGAGCGCGACGCCCAGCACGCCGCUGCCCUACGAGCGGCGACCGAGAAGCUCGGCGCCGAGCGCGACGCCGCUUUGGCAGCUUCCAACGCCGGGUCCGAGGGUAUUUCAAAGGCCGUCGCGGCGGCGCUGCACGACGAGCGCGCGAAGCACAAUGAGGAGAUCAACGCCCUGCAGCAGGACCACGCCGUCGAGUUCGCCAAGGCCAACCGGUCCCACGGCAACGCUAUAGAUGCUAUCUCCCGCGAAUAUGGGGCGAAGAUCGAAGCUCUCAAGCAGGACCAGAUGAAGACGAAGGCCGCCACCGAAGGUCUGGAGAACCAGGUGAGGGAGGGUGUACAACGGUUCGCGAAGGAGCACUCUGCAUUAACAGAUGCUCUCGCCGCGGCGCGCGAGGAGCACGCCGCUGCGUUGUUGGCCGCGCGGAAGGAGCGCGCCCUCGCCCUAUCGUCGCUCGAGAAGGAGCACGCUUCUGUUAUAGCUUCUCUGAAGGCGGAUCUCGCCGACAAGGCUACGGCCGUCGCCGCCGCGGAGACGGCGCUCGCUUCCGCAAAACAGGAGCACGCCUCUGCACUCGAAUCGGCGCAGACGCAGGAGUCUGUCGAAGCUGCCAAAGCUUAUGCCUCUGUUAAAGCGGAAUUAGCCGCCGCUUUGAGUGAGAAGGCUUCGCUAGAACUCCGAGACGCGUCGCACCGGGACGCCUGCGCGAAGCUCCAAGCGGCCCUCGACGCGACGAAGCACGAAGUUUCCACAGCCUCGGAAAAGCACGCCUCCGCCCAGCAGAAGCUGAAGAACGACCACGCCAAAGCCCUAGAAAAAGCUCUACAGAAGCACGAGAGCGCCGCCAAAGCUCUCCGGGAGGCCCAUGCCAAAUCUAUCGAAGCGAAGGCGAGGGAGCACUCCAAGGCCUUGGACGCGAAGGACAAGAGCCACGCCAAGGCCCUCGAGGCCAACGUGAAGAUCCAGAAGGGGCUCAAGGCCGACCUCGACAAGGCAUCCAAAAAAGCCUCGAAGGAUGAUAUCGGUAAAUUGAGGAAGGAGCACGCGAUGCUCCUGGAGGCGGCGGGCAAGCAGCACGCGUCUACGGUUGAGUCGUUGCGGCGGGAGCACGCUACCGCCCUCGAUACGGCGCGGGCGGAGCAUACGACGGUUCUGGCGGAGACGGAAAAAGCCCAUUUCGUCAUGAUCGGGUCGCUGCGCGCGGACCUCGCGGCGGCGACGGCGGCAUCCGCGGCGGCCGCCGAGCGGCACGCCGCGGCGUCGAAGCAACAGCGCGACGACCACGCGGCGGCGCUGAACCGGGCGUUGGACCAGCAGCGCGCCGACCACGACGCGUCUUUACAAAGGCAGCGCGACGACCACACGAAUGCAUUGGAGACCGCGCUCCAGAAGCAGGCCGCCGCUGCGGAGCGCGUCGCUUCAUUGGAAGCGGACCUCCGGAAGCAGGCCGCCGCAUCAGAACGCGUUUCAUCAUUGGAAGCGGACCUCGCUUCUACAAACCAAGCUAGAGACGCGUCCCUGGAACGCGUCGCGGCGCUCGAAGCUGAGUUGGAUGCCAUGAAACAAAAAGCGGCCGCCGUCGCCGAGGUCGCCGCGGCGCGCGAGGUCGCGCUGGACGACCAGCGGAGCGAGACGUCGGCGAAGCAAUUGGCGUUGUUUGAAGAAGAGUUAGAUGCACGCUUAGCAGAACAACAAGCGUCGCACGACGCCGAGCUCGACAGGUUCACGGCGAAGCUCGAGAAGAAGAUGACGAAGGUGGCCCGGGAAUUCGCGGCCAAGGACGCGGAGAUCGCUAGGUUACGGAGCGCGCGGGAGCGGCUCCAGGCUUUGAGUCCGGUACCGACGAACGUGAGUAAGGGUACUACUUAG